AUGAGGGAUCGGUCGACCCGCGACGCGCGACUGACAGUCGGCCGGUCAUAGGAUGUGGGGUUACGCAUGGGGCGUGAGAAAAUAAAGUGUGGGAAAGAGUGGGCGUUCGCGGCGUAGUAAAACAUUUGAUAUGUUGUAGUGAACCGAACACAUAUUUACGAACGCAGUGCACCAGUAGCAAUCGCUUCGUUUUGUGGAUGUGUGCGUAGCUGUAGCGCGUACAUUGAGCUCAUGGAGCGAAAUAGUUGCGAUGUGUGAGGAAGAGACCGACGAUUGACCGGAGAUCUCGUGGGAAACGACCUUUGUUAUGUACACUGAUAUAUACAUUAGUAUAAACAAAAAAUCUAUUCUGGAAUUUAAUCGCACGCGAUGGGAGUCACUGGACUGUGGAGGCUAAUAGAGCCAGCCGGCAAACCCGUGCCCGUCGAGACUUUGGAAAACAAAGUGCUGGCAGUUGACAUAUCAAUAUGGUUGCACCAGAUGGUGAAAGGAUAUCAAGAUGCAAAGGGGGCUCCUUUACCAAAUGCACAUCUUAUGGGACUUUUUCAACGCCUCUGCAAACUGUUAUACUUUAGAAUUAAACCAGUCUUUGUAUUUGAUGGAGCUUUUCCUGAAUUGAAAAAGGAAACUAUUGCUAAGCGGCAAGACAGUAAAGCGAAAUAUAAUUCAGAAUCUGAAAGAAUUAAAAGAGAGCUUGCAUUAUUAUUGAGUAAGAAGACAGCAGUGAGCAGUAUACUAGGCAAAGAGAUAACACCACCAAAAAGUGGACAAACAUCUAUAGACAAGGAUGACAUUUUCAAACUACCAGCACUACCACAAAAGGAAGAUGAAAGUGAAUCUGAAUCUGAAGAUGAACAAAAUUCAAGUGGCUCCAGUAUUGAUGUACAUUCAAUAGAUAUACAAUCAGAAACUUUUAAAAAUUUGGGAGUCAAAGAAAAGUAUGAUGUACUUAUAGAACUUAAGGAAACAAGGAAAAUGAAUUCAUGGGGAAGACUACAUGAGUUACCUAAGGAAAGUAACUCAUUUUCAGAUUUUCAGAUGCAAAGGCUAUUAAAGAGAAGAAAGGUACAAGAAUGUCUUGAGGAGACUGAAAAGGAAAUGGGUGAUACAGGCAUGUCUUUAAAUGAUUUAGAGUCUUUGCUAAAUGAAGAAGGCAUUGAUACUAAAAUAGACACACUUCCUACAAGGCGCAUUGCCUCUAAUGUUUCUACACGAUUUUUACUUAUCAGAGAUGUCAAAAAAGCUUUAGCAGCAGCAAAGCAAAGAAAUCAGGCUGAAAACAACCCAACAACCAGUAAAAUUGAAGAAAUAAGUCAAAUAAAUGAUAACGCUAAAGCAACUACAAGUAAAGAUACAGAAAUAACAGAGCCUAAUGAUGAAAAGCCAAAAAAAGUUGAUGAAUUAGAAGAUGAUUUACAGAGAGCAAUUCAAAUGUCCUUAGAGUGUGUUGAUGACCCAAGUAGCAGCCAACCAAAUCAAGAUACAAGUAUAGUUUCUAAAACAGAUGACUCUUGGACUUCCUGCAUGACAGAUACAGAUUAUUCUGAUACUGAUUCAGAAGAAGGCGAUGGUUGUGAACAACCAGAUAUGUCAAGUGCUAAAGCUUAUAUCAUGCAAUAUAGUGAUUUCACACACCAAGCCAUUGAUAAAAUUGUUACUAAUAGGAAUAAAGGCAAAAAUAAUAAAAAAGUACCCAAAGUAGAUGAGAUAUUAGAUGAAAUUAACAAUGAAAAGUCAGUAAUUGUUGAUAAAGUGGAACUAUCAUCUGGCGAUGAAGAUGAUGAAGGUGCUGUGUUAGUAAGUAGUGGUGAAGAAAAUAAUAAAACCUCUGCCACUACAGAGUGUAGUUCAUCUUCAGACCGGGAAACAGAUAAAUGUUUAGAUUCCACUCAAGCAUCAGUAAUUUGUGUUGGCAAUCCAGUGCAAGAAGUCAUAGAUCUUGAUUCUAGCGUAGAAGAAAUUGAAAGUAUCAAAAGUGCUUUACCAUCAGAAAACAUAAAACAUGAGAGUACAUCCAGUGAUGAAAUGGAAGAAGUCUCAACUAAUAAAAAUAAGUCUGAAAGUGAAUCUAGUGAUAGUGAUUUUGAAGAAGUACCUGAAGAAAAUACUGAAGUUAAAAAACCUGUUGUAGAACUUACUUUAAAUAUGGGCAAUGCACCUGAUGAUGACAUAUUUGCAGAUAUCUUCGAAAAAGCAGAUCAUUCUUCUGGAGAUAAAAACGAAGCAAUAAAAGAAACAAAGGCUGAAUUUGCUGAGGUCUUUAAAAAAGCAGAUAAUUCUGCUGGAGAUAAAAACGAAACAAUAAAAGAAACAAGGGCUAAUAAUGAGGUGUUAACACCUAUAAGUGGUUUAGUAGAUAAGGUAUUUAAAGUGCCUGAAGUUCCUGUACUUAAAACUAGUUAUAAAAUGACUCCACCUACAAUUUUAAACCCAGAUAUUGAUGGAAAAAGUCCUGCAAAACCAAAUGUAGAUAAGGCAGAUGAUACUGCAAUUCAAGAAAAUGUUGUACCUAGCAAAUCAAGUGAAACUACAGAUUUAAUUGUAGCGCCGGAAACACAUACCCAACUCAUAAAAACAAGUAAUCCACCUAAACAAACUUUAACUACAGAACAACUAACUUCCAUGGUUGAAGAUAUACAAAAUGAAGAACAAGAUUUAAUGCAAGAGAAGGGACGAUUAGAUCGUAUAGGGCGAAAUAUUACUGAACAAAUGACGAAGGAAGCUCAAGAACUACUUCAGAUAUUCGGCAUUCCUUAUAUCGUCGCUCCGAUGGAGGCAGAGGCACAAUGUGCUUUCCUAGAAAGUGUGAAUCUUACAGAUGGAACAAUAACAGAUGACAGUGACAUCUGGUUAUUUGGAGGUAGAACAGUUUAUAAGAAUUUCUUUAAUCAAAAGAAGCAUGUUUUGCAGUUUUUAGCAGAGAGGAUCGAAAAAUCUUUUAAUUUAAAUAGGGAACAACUAAUUCUGUUAGCACUGCUUGUGGGUAGUGAUUACACAACAGGAGUGUCUGGUGUGGGCCCUGUUACUGCCCUAGAGAUUCUAGCAUCAUUCCCAUUCAAUAAAAGGCAAUUAUUUAGUGAGGAGUCAAAGCAAGCUCGUUAUGCUCAAAUGGUGAAGGGAUUACAAGAAUUCAAGCAGUGGGUCAGGGCAGGCAAGAGGACUGAUAACACAAGUUUGAAGAAAAAGCUCAAAAAUGUUGCUCUUACUGAAGAAUUUCCUAGUGUGCGGGUGGUUCAAGCUUACUUGGAACCUAACAUAGAGAAAAGUAAAGACAAAUUCACAUGGGGUGAAUUAGACAUCACAAUAUUGCGAGAUUAUACAAAAGCUAAGUUUGGUUGGUCUCAAAAUAAAUUAGACGAAAUAAUCAGGCCAGUUUUAAAACGGAUGCAAGAUCGUAAAACGCAAAGAUCUGUGCAGGACUUUUUCAAGCGAAAAGUAGAAUUCCAGUCAUUGGAAGAGCAAAUGAGUAAAAGGGUUAAAGCAGCAGUACAAAAAAUGGGUCCGGAGGGACCACUCGUAUUAGAAACUGAAAAGCCUGCCGAAAUUGAUAAACCAGCACCUAAAAGAAAAGUUACGAAAAAAGAUGCUCCCAGCAAUAAAAAUAAAGCAGGCCCGUCAGCCGCGAAACAGCGCAAAAAUAGCGAAGAAACUGUACUUUUAAAUCAAGGUGUAAAAGUUGUAACACAAAUCAAAGAUGGUAAAUCGGAGUUCGAAAUUAAAAUACCAAAAACAGAUCGUUACCAGGAAGUAAUCCCACAAAGGGAGAAAUAUAAAAGGACUCUAUUAGAAAACAAACUGAAGGCAAUUGAAAUAUUCCGUAAAACUAAACUUGAUCAGAAACGGAAACAAUUUAAACGCAAAGCUUUGCAACCAAAAGAGAAGGCUGAACUUUCUGAAAGUGAUAGUGAUUAAUUUAUCUUUUUUAUAUUUAAUUUAUGCAAUAAUAAAAUUAAAGGCGUUUUUAAAAUAGUUUUUUUUAUUUACAUUCAACUGUUUAAACUAAGCAUAAUUUUAAAGUAAUGAUAAAAUAAAAUUACAAUUAAAUUAAAUUGCAUAGUAUGCAUAUGUUAUAUGUAUGUAUUUUUAAACAAUGGGUACUAAAAUCAUAAUCUAAGUGUCAUCGUAUGGAUUUAGGUAUAGAGUAAUAACGUCUCAUGAUAUCUUUAAUUUAAAAAAUAAUACAUAACCACCAAAUACCUAUACAACUUUCCUACCUAUAUUUCGUCAAAAAAAUAUUCUAACGCAGCUUUAAUUACUCAACACGAAAAUUGAUGACUACUUUAUUGUUUUAAUUAGAUAUGGGCACCGCAUGCUCCAAUCAAUCCACAUCCACACGAUAACAGGAAAAACAUAGGAAACGAAAUCGUUCUGAAGUAUUCAUUAUCCCUAAUAAUUUUAUUAAAAUGCUUAAAUCUCACUUAUGUUUUAAUUGCAAUAUACAUGUUUAAAAUAUCAUCGAAUGCCUUACUCGAAAAUCACAUUAUUUUAGUAUUCCUUGAUAUUGUUUAGGGCACAAUUAAGUACUAUAUUAGUCAAUUGUUUUAAUUGGAGAUAAUCCACGGCUUUACUAAUUGUUUUCUUGUGCAAGGUUGUAAAUAUUAGCUGAUGUUCAAACAAUAAAUAAAAAAAUGUAAGCUUAAAUUUUCAUUCACAGAAAAAAUACAGCUAGCGACUAAAGGCGCAUACACAUUGAUAAUAUUCUCACAUACUAAAAGUAAACUAGUAGCAAUAUAGUGCAGAGAUUUCAAUCAAUAUGUAUACAGCCUAACAUUCAAAUUAAAUCUAAAUAAUAAACAAACCAUUAAAAGACGCACAGGAGACUAUCAAUUUAUUAUAUUAGCAUUAUAAAUUUUUAUACAAUUAAUCACAAUGUGUACAGCAGUCUCACUUGUCACACUGCCACACCGGCCGGCUAGGAUGUCAGCCUGUGUUGGCACGUGGCUCAUCUCAUCCAUUGCAAUACUAGUCAUGUCCGUGAUUCGAUAUUAUUAUUGUUGAUUAAAAUCCCUAGUAUUGAUCUCAAUGUCACUAUUAGACCACCAGGCAAUCAAUACUCAAGACAUUUCAUAAACAAAUGGACUAGGCGGAAGGUUCUCACGCAACAAAUAGCGCAUUUUUCUGAAAAACAACGCUAACAACUCGGUUUUUAUACAUAACAUAGGCGCCCACGACGGACUCGUCAAUACCGCUGUACCAACACCCGAUACUUAACCUAACGCCGCGUAAAUUAAUCGACUUUGACGACACUGUAGAUUUUUCUGACAAACCAGAAGCAGGCCAUGAAUCCGAUGGUGCCGGUGAGCAGGAAAAAUAAGAAGACCAUGAUGAGGGUGUAACCGAAGUACAGGAAGGUGGAGGCUGCGUCCUCUAUAUUGAGCUUGGUGACGAAAUAGUGGCAGCAGUAGAUGAAGAGGUAGCCGGCCGUCGAGCCCGAGCUGAGGAAGGCGCGCCACCACCAGUGGUAGUCCUCCGCGCACAGGUGGAAGUAGCACAGCAGGAUCGUCGUCUCCGAACACGUGAUCACCAGGAUCACGAACACCAGGAACAGAAAACCGAACAUGUAGUACAUCUGUAAACAAAAUCACUCUCUUCAGUUUUGGACAACUAAGGGUAGUGGACACUUCAUGGAAUAAUGUUAUAGGAGCAAGCAAUACGCACCUGGCUAGACCAAAGCGAGUUGAGAAUAAAGAACAGCUGAAUGAAGAUGCAUCCAAAUGGCAGUACACCACCCAUCACGAUGCCGGGAACGGGUUGUGUGUAUAGCGACUGCUCGGGAAUUUGUCGCGGGAUCUGGUUUGUGCGCACUGGGUGGUCUAAAAUCUGUAAAAUGUAAUAAGAAAGUAUUAG